AUGGUGGUGGUGGCAGCGUCGCCGAGCGCGGCCACGGCGGCCCCGAAAGUACUGCUUCUAUCGGGCCAGCCCGCCGCGGACGGCCGGGCGCUGCCACUCAUGGUUCCAGGCUCGCGGGCAGCAGGGUCCGAGGCGAACGGGGCGCCACAGGCUCGCAAGCGGCAGCGCCUCACGCACCUGAGCCCGGAGGAGAAGGCGCUGCGGAGGAAACUGAAAAACAGAGUAGCAGCGCAGACUGCCCGAGAUCGAAAGAAAGCCCGGAUGAGCGAGCUGGAACAGCAAGUGGUGGAUUUGGAAGAAGAGAACCAAAAACUUCUGUUAGAAAAUCAGCUUUUGAGAGAGAAAACUCAUGGCCUUGUAAUUGAGAACCAGGAGUUAAGAACUCGCUUGGGAAUGGAUGUGCUGACUACUGAAGAGGCUCCAGAGACGGAGUCCAAGGGAAAUGGAGUAAGGCCGGUGGCCGGGUCUGCUGAGUCCGCAGCACUCAGACUACGUGCACCUCUGCAGCAGGUGCAGGCCCAGUUGUCACCUCCCCAGAACAUCUUCCCAUGGAUUCUGACACUGUUGACUCUUCAGACUCCGAGUCUGAUAUCCUUUUGGGCAUUCUGGACAAGUUGGACCCUGUCAUGUUUUUCAAAUGUCCAUCCCCAGAGUCUGCCAAUCUGGAGGAACUCCCAGAGGUCUACCCAGGACCUAGUUCCUUACCAGCCUCCCUUUCUCUGUCAGUGGGGACCUCAUCAGCCAAGCUGGAAGCCAUUAAUGAACUCAUUCGCUUUGACCAUGUAUACACCAAGCCUCUAGUCUUAGAGAUCCCUUCUGAGACAGAGAGUCAAACUAAUGUGGUAGUGAAAAUUGAGGAAGCACCUCUCAGCUCUUCAGAGGAGGAUCACCCUGAAUUCAUUGUCUCAGUGAAGAAAGAACCUUUGGAAGAAGACUUCAUUCCAGAGCCGGGCAUCUCAAACCUGCUUUCAUCCAGCCACUGUCUGAAACCAUCUUCCUGCCUGCUGGAUGCUUAUAGUGACUGUGGAUAUGAGGGCUCCCCUUCUCCCUUCAGUGACAUGUCUUCUCCACUUGGUAUAGACCAUUCUUGGGAGGACACUUUUGCCAAUGAACUCUUUCCCCAGCUAAUUAGUGUCUAA